AUGCUUAGAAGUUCUAAUUAUUGUUAAGAGCAUCCGAAUAGUAAAAUUGUUGGGAUUUGUAUUACAAAUUAAACCAACGAACUUUUGAGAAAGGUUUGCAUGGAAUGCAGUUUAAAAUUUAAAAUUCCUAAAGAAUAAAUAAUAUCCUUAUAAGAUUUAUAGAGCUAAUUACUUAUAAAAUCUAAUUAGUUAAAUAUGAACAAGAUAUUGGAAUCUAACAAAAUUAUGAAAACAUUGAAAUAUAAAAUUGAAUAAAGUUAGAAAGAAAUAACUUUAAUAAUGAAAAAUAUAAGAGAUUAAGUUGAUAAGAUCAUUGAAGAUUAAUCGAAAGAGGAUGAGAGAUUUCUGAAACUCGUUAAUGAAAAUUUGAAUCCUUUUGAAUGUUCUUAAGCAGAUUUAGAGUUCCUUGUCAAAUUUUUAAAAGAAGACACUUUUGAUGAAUGGAUUUAGAGGAAACAAUUGGUUACAUCUAAAAUAUAGAAAAUAAUUGUAUUUGUAGAAAGAAUAGUAUAAAGUGGAUAUAAUUUAAAUUUUCUUCUUGAUUAAGUUGAUAAUAAUUUAUAAAGCGCUGAUAACAAAAAAAAAGAAACUAUUCUCCGAUUAAAAGGAUUAAAAGGGUAAAACAAUAAAUUAGUGAACACAACAUUUUAUCUCAUCGAUAAAUAAAAUGGAGACAAAGUUUAUAAAAAAGAUAGUUAGAUACUUAGGAUGUAUAUUAUUUUUUUAUGUUAGAGAAAAGUUUAGAUUAGGAUAACUAAAUGAACAAAUAUUAUUUAACUUGGAAUAAAUGAAAUAUUUAGAAUAUAAAGGAUAAUACGGAAUAAAAGGAUAUAAAAUAAAAUAAUGGAAUUAUUUUUGGAAAGGAUAAUAAGU